AAGAUGAAGAGGCUGCCCUUCUACGACGUUUACGAUGAGUUGAUAAAACCCACCACGUUAGCCUCAACCAACAGUCAGCGGUUUGAAGAAGCUCACUUCACCUUUGCUCUAACCCCCCAGCAAGUUCAACAGAUCCUCACCUCCCGAGAUAUCUUGCCGGGUGCCAAAUGUGAUUACACGAUACAGGUGCAAUUAAGGUUUUGCUUGUGUGAAACCAGCUGUCCCCAAGAAGAUUACUUCCCUCCUAAUUUAUUUGUCAAGGUCAAUGGAAAACUCUGUCCCCUGCCUGGUUAUCUCCCGCCCACAAAAAACGGCGCAGAGCCGAAACGACCCAGCCGCCCCGUCAAUAUAACUCCACUGGCACGACUUUCGGCGACCGUCCCGAACACGAUUGUAGUGAACUGGUCCUCGGAGUUUGGCAGGAACUACUCUCUGUCGGUGUACCUGGUGAAGCAGCUGACAUCGGUAACGCUGCUGCAGAAGCUCAGAGCCAAGGGCAUCCGAAACCCAGACCAUUCGCGAGCCCUGAUCAAAGAAAAACUAACAGCUGAUCCUGACAGUGAGAUAGCUACGACGAGCUUACGGGUUUCCCUGAUGUGUCCACUGGGUAAGAUGAGGCUGAUUGUGCCCUGCCGAGCCAUCACGUGCACCCACCUCCAGUGCUUCGAUGCAGCGCUCUAUCUUCAAAUGAACGAGAAGAAACCCACGUGGACUUGUCCUGUGUGUGACAAGAAAGCCCCGUACGACAACCUGAUCAUCGACGGGUUGUUCAUGGAAAUCCUGAACUCCUGCACGGACUGCGAUGAGAUACAGUUCAUGGAGGACGGCUCCUGGUGCCCCAUGAAGCCGAAGAAGGAGAACCAGGAGGUGUGCCAGACGUCUGCGUUCAGCGGGAUCGAGGCCAGCUCCCUUUACACUGUGAGCUCCGAGGGCAAGAACUCUUCGGAAAGCAAAAAAAAAGUGGAGGUUAUUGAUCUGACUCUGGACAGCUCGUCGGACGAGGAGGAGCCGCCUGCCAAGAAGCAGUGCCCGGUCUCCAGCAUGGCUCUUCCCGCAGCGGCCGGGCCCAAGGGGGUAUUAAGUAUUGAUCACCGGCCAUCUUCUGUGCUUCGAAGUCCUCCCAUGGCAGCCCUUGGCAGCGACUAUCUCUCCAACCUCCCCAUUCCCGACUACCAUCCUUCCUACCAGGUGCCCUCAGAGCUUCAAG